GGGUUUUGUCUUCCGCCACUCAAGUUAUACUUUCAAGGCGUGUGGAUGUCUGUGUGUGAGUCUCCUUGUGUGUUUGGGUUGAUGCGCGUGUAUUUAAGUAGGUAGCUAUGUUGUAUUAGUCUUUUGUGUGUUAGCCAGGUGUCCUCUGAGUCCACGCCUCGCCGCGGCGUGCUCAGCAAGGCUCCGUUUCUCUGUUUAAAUUCAACGGCGCACAGUUUAGCCCCUCAGCCGGCCAUGUCUGUGGGCGUCGAGUCCGGAUUCUCCAACGACGAGCUGCUCCACAUUCGCUUCCCGCUGCACCGCGCCUGUAGGGACGGUGAUGUGGGCGCGCUGUGCUCGCUGCUCCAGCAGUGCUCGGCCAGCAGAGCGGACCUAGCCGCCGAGGACUCUUUCUACGGCUGGACGCCCAUUCACUGGGCGGCUCACUUCGGAAAGCUGGAGUGCGUGUUGCAGCUGGUGCAGGUCGGCUGUGAGGUGAACGCCAUAACGUCACGCUUUGCUCAGACUCCGGCACACAUCGCUGCUUUUGGAGGACACCCAGAGUGCCUCUUAUGGCUCCUGCAGGCAGGUGCUGAUGUCAACAGACAGGACUAUGUGGGUGAAACUCCCAUCCACAAAGCUGCAAGAGCAGGUAGCCUGGAGUGCAUCAAUGCCCUGUUGUUUUCGGGUGCAAAACCGGAAUUAAAGAACGCAAAUGGGUUGACUGCGGCCGACCUGGCCCGUGUACAAGGCUUCCGGGAGUGCGCUCAGCUCCUGUCCAAUGCAGAGAAUAAGCUCAAGCAGCGCAAUGGGUUUGGCCAUAGUGGAACUGACCACUCCCACAUCCAGGGCCGAAGUCUUCUUAAUGGGGUAGCCAAUAGAAAAAGACUCCUGGAUUGUUCUGAGCCAAAUUAUAUCAAGAAAGCAAGAACUGACAGCAUGGAUUUUCCAUUGAAGACAUUAAAUGGGUCAGCAGAGGAGGUGGAGAGCAUGGCUGUGGAACCUGCUUCAGACAGCCAAUCAGAUGGCAGCAUAGACACAGCCACAAAUCUGAGGAACGGUCAUGUGCAACAGAACAACAAUGAUGUCAACAGCUUCUCAUCAAACGGGCUCUGCCACCCGGCCCGAACCGAACCUGAUCAUGCGGAGACUAGAAGCGACAUGUGUGGCUCGCUGCACCUCACCGCCAGCCCUAGCAGUUGCGUAUCCUACAGGCCGUCCUGGGGCAGGUUCCCCUCGGACUCCAGCGAGCACCUGCACUACGGGUAUUACCAUGGCUUCGGAGACACAGCGGAGGACCUGGAGGAUGCCGACAACCGCCAUGAUCACAAUAUGACCGUAAGGGUCGAGCAGCACUACGAUCGAGAGGUGUUGAGUGCCAUGCAGAUGUUUCACGGCUCAUGAAGGGAAUCUGCCGUCCAGCUGGAAUCAAUCAGUCUGUCCGUUUGUCCUUCUGUUCGCAAGUGGUUGCGUGUUCAAUCCACCAGCCGCCUUAAACCCGAGUGGUUUUCCUUGACGAUGCUCUUGCACCUUAUCACAGGCCACAGUGAGAAGUGGUGUUUGUUUUUGUUUUUACAAUUUAAGAGGGAAUCCCGUUCCUUGUACCAAAGGGGACUAUGAUUUUGUUGGCUUUUUUGAUGGCUUUUCUGAAUACUUUAUUUUAUGUUUGUGAGCUAGCCUAGCCUGGAUGAUGUGUUCUAAGUGAUGGUAUGGUCAAUGUGCAUUUUCUUUGUAUGAUGAUUUUGAUGACUGACUUUUGCAUCAACUGUUUCUGUUCAAUUCUAAGGCUUGGUGCCAAUAUAUGUUUUUUUUCUAUGUAGCUUGGCACUAUUGUUAUGGAAAGUUUUGUAUGCAACUUUUGUGUUUGUCUUCUGUUCCUUGUUUCAUGUUUUGUAAGAAGCUCAGUUGAAUGGAUUUGUGUACAAAUGGAUUCUGACUGUACAGAAGUAUUUGUGUUUUGGAUAUGACUGAUUCCUUUGUGCAGUGUGUGUAAUAAUAAAUUUAUUUGAAUUCUGAAA